GCGGCGGCGGCGGCGGCAUGGAGUUAGUGCAGGAAGCGCGGGAACUGGUCUGCUGGGCUGCGGAAGAGAUGGAGGCGCCCGAGGCAGCCCGGGCCCCGGAGUCGUUGCUGCGCAGGCUGUGUCUGGGCCAGGGGGCUGACAUCUGGGCCUAUGUCUUACAGCAUGUGCACAGCCAGAGGAAUGUCAAGAAGAUCCGGGGAAACCUACUCUGGUAUGGCCACGAAUACAGUUCAGAGGCCUGUCGGAAGUUGGAGCUGGAAGCUGCUGUUGCCCACCUACGGGCAGAGAUCCAGGAGUUAGACCAGAGCUCGGAGCUGAUGGAUCAAGAGACCGAGGCUCAGGACAUGGCCAUGGAGCAGGCAUUGCAGAGCAUGCAAGACACCCAGCGGCAUGCUCUCCUCCUGCGGGCCCAAGCUGGGGCCAUGAGAAGACAGCAGCACGGACUCCAACAUCCCAUGCAGUGGUUACAGAAUCAGCUCAGGCGCCUGCAGGACAUAGAAAGGAAGACUAAAAUGGAUAUAACCUUUGGCCCCUUGACAUCGGCAGCCCUAGGCCUGGAGCCUUUGGUCCUGGGUGAUGUCCGAAGAGCCUGCACCCUCCGAACCGAGUUCCUGCAGAACCUUUUGAUUCCUCAGGCCAAAGGAGGCAGCAUCCCAACCCCUCAAGAUGACCACUUUGGAACUUCCUACCAGCAAUGGCUUAGCUCAGUGGAGACACUGCUGACAAACCACCCUCCCAGCCACGUCUUGGCUGCCUUGGAACACCUGGCUGCAGAACGGGAAGCAGAGAUUCGGUCCCUGUGCAGUCAGGACAGACUCCAAGAUACGAGGAUAGCCAGGUCCCAGGUACCAGAUCAGUCAGCCUCCAGCCAGGCCCUGCCGUCCGUGAUGCAUCUCAUCCAGGAGGGCUGGCAAACUGUGAGUGUGCUGGUCACCCAGCGGGGCCCUCUCCUGAAGGAGCAUCGCGUCCUGACCCAGCGCCUCCAGAGCCUGUUGGAGGAGGUGGAGAGGUGUGCCCUGGGAUCCAAUGAGAGGCAGGCAUUGGUGCUGGGACUCCGGACUCAUGGCCUGUGGGCAGAGCUCAAGGCCCUGCGUGCCCAUAGCCAGGAGCUGGAAGAGGCAGUUGAACGGCAGCAGCUUCUGCUGCAGGAGCUACAAGCCAAACAGCAACGGAUCCUGCACUGGCGCCAGCUGGUGGGGGAGACACAGGAGCAGGUCCGAUUACUCAUCAAGAGCAACUCAGCCAGCAAGACGCACCUGUGUCGGAGCCCUGGGGAGGUGCAUGCUCUGAUUCAGCGAAAGGUAGCCCCCACAUCUGAGGCAGUGGCACCACAGAGCCAGGAACUGCUUCGCUGUCUAGAGGAGGAGGCCCGGCAUCUGCCCCACCUUCUGCUGGGCACCCUGCUGCGGCACAGUCCUGGAGGAUUGCAGCCCCUGCCUACAGUCUUGCCAUCCAUCCACCAGUUACAUCCUGCGUCCUCAAGGGGCUCCAGCCUUAUAGCGCUUAGCCACAUUCUGGGGCUACCCACGGGGAAGGCUCCAGAGCUGCUCCUCCCAAAGGCUGCCUCCCUUCGCCAGGACCUUCUGUUCUCCCAGGACCAGGGUAAACUCCAGUGCUGGGAUCUGCUCCAUAUGAAGAACAGCCUACCGCCAGGACCAUCCACCCAGGAGUUGCUGCAGAUCCAUGCAUCCCAGGAAAAGGAGCAGAAAGAGAAUGUGGGGCAGGCUCUAAAGCAGCUGGAGAACCUGCUGGAACAAACCCUGGAACGAAUCCCCAAGCUGCAGGGGAUUGUGGAGGACUGGUGGGAUCAGCCAGGCCAAGUCACCCUCUCGGGGGAGCUCUGCCAAGGCCUGUCCCUGCCCCAGUGGCGGUUACGCUGGGCCAAGGCCCAAGGCAUCUUGCAGCAGCUGUGCAGAUGAAGAGGGGACACAAACAGGAGUCAAGAACCUCACAUUUGUUCACCCCAACACCUCACCUUCCUCAAUAUUAAAGAAAGCAUCACCUGGCUGUGUCGCCCAUUGUCUCC